AUGGAGUCUCAGGACGGUAUCGAUGUCCGCCCUAUGAGGCUGAAAGUCCUUUACACUUUCGACAACGAAAACAAGACCAAUUGCCUUGCUCGGUGGCCACACGUGCUCGACAUCCAAACGGCCUUCCUAGAUGAGAACACUCCCGUUGGAGUGAUCGAGUUGAAGACAUGCAUUCAGGCAAUCGUCUCUGCUAGCCCGGAGCUUGUGGGUCAAUUAGGAAAGGAUUAUACCGUCUAUGCCUACGACUAUUCCGAAUUUGAAACCCCUCUCGUGGGGCAAGGCAUGCUUUCUGGGGUGUUGGCCACUUUCUCAUCGACACCCGAGACACCCAGCAGCCAAUCGAGGACCAUGAUUACUGGGCGAGUUUGCAAGAGCCCUCUCGGUGGUCUCUUCUCCAAGGGCGCCCAAGAGACGUUGGAGGUCAAGUUACGGCUGGUACCUGUCCCGACUGUUACUCAGAGUGAGUACUUCGCUAGGAUGCAGAAGCAUCAGAAGUUGACCAAUGGAAACUCAGGCGACUUUGACACGCAGUCAUGGACAAAUUUCAUUCGUCAAAACCCCGCCCUCUUGGAAUCCUCAAGAAGCCAGAGUCACAACGACCAUGGAUCUCCGAUACAUCAGACUGGGAUCGAGAGAUUCCACCAGCUCUUGAGCGAAGGCUCGACGCCUCGGGAGUUCCCUACAUUCCACCACAAUGGAUCGGUCCGCUCGGUAUCGCCUUCGCACUCAUACGCUGGUAGUCGAGUAUCAACACCUGGUGGAUGUCGAACACCUGCUCAUCAUCAAUCUUACCCCAAACAGAGCAUUCCCCAUAGUGAUAUGAUUCGCCCGUCCUCGAGUGCCUCUAUGCGGGACUGCGACAACCAGACCCAGCUUUCACACAUCUCGCACACUUCACACAACAACGCCCGAAGAGGAUCCAUUCAGUCAGGAUACGGUAGUGGUGAUGAAGAAUCAACCGAGGCUCCAGCCCGGAAGAGGGCCAAGGUGUAUCAAGCAAGCUGGCCCGGAAAGUCAAGCAUGAACAUCGAAAGACAACCAAGUUCGCUACGAGUUGCAGCUAGCACGGCGGCCUCCGUACGGAUCCACCGCCCAACCCCUGUGAACCCUGCUCUCACGGCCGAGCACACCCACGAAGAGCCUGUCCGUCCACCCACUCCCAUAUCUCGACCGUCUGAUUUCCCCCGCCGAAGUCGACCCACCGGUAGCUUGUUACGGGAGUCGUCGAGCCUUAGCAUUGCCUCAUGUCCUGCUUCGUACAAUUCUCCAUACUGUAUGAGUGAUGACAUCCCUACCACGGAGGCUGGCGCCUCUCCUGAAGAUACCCGUUAUCAAGGUCUCUUUGAGCCAUCAUUCAACAUGCCAUCAUCACCCCCAGUCUUCGAUAGCCGGUUGACAAAUAGGUCAAGCCCAGUCUUGCCUACCAUGUCUUUGGACAAUGACUCCGGCUUCAUGAGUGCAGGGCCGGAUGAACUCAUGGACGAUGACACCGUUGUGACCCUAGAUGACCGCAGAACGGGAGCCUCUCGUGGGAUAACCCGCGACAAGUGCUCGGUUCGCACUACCGUGCAGGCAGGUUCUCCGGUCAGCAUUGUCAGUGCUGCACAGGGAACCAACAAUGACCCUCUCCCCGUCGACGAUAAUCCAAUGGAGCAGGUUGCAAAGCAGGCGCCGCGUCCGAUAUCUAGUGCGGCCCCUUCCCGUCCCGUCCAACCCCGUUCUACAUCCCGUCCUGCCACAGCCACUGGCCCGGCAUCGAGACCUUCUUCGAGCUCUGGCACACAACGUUUGGCGCCGAAACCCCUGGCACCGGCUCCGCAAAUCUUCCCUAAUGAAUUUCCCCAGUUGUAUCGCGCAAUCCCCGCUAGCGACCCGAUUAUGCCUCCUCGUUCUGCUGCGCCUGUGGAUGUCACUUUCAUGCCGUGCGAGACAGCUAGUUCCAAUUCUAAGCAGCCAAAGCAGUCGAAGCAGCAGUCGAAACCAAGGGCAUUGCCGAAACAGGGAUCCAAGGCGGUGCCGAAGAACAUCAAGGCACGCUUGGACAAUGCUAUUCUUAAUGGGGAAAUCCCGCCAUAUUGUGAGAAUUGCGGCACCAUCGAAACCGCCAGCUGGCGGCGAGCGUGGGCGAAAACAGUCAAGGGCGGCGAGAGCCUCGCAGAAGGGAUGAUGAGCUCUUCCCCUAUGCUCUAUUGGGAAGCCGUGGACCGAAAUGGCAAUGGUGAAAUGCAAAGUUUUAAGAUCUACAAAAAGGCCCUUGAGCAGGACGAUAUUGAUUGGUCGCAGUUGACCUUCUGCAAUCCUUGUGGCUUAUGGCUCCACAAAUUCAAACAAAUGCGCCCGGAGGACAAAUGGGCAAAGCCAAAAACAGCAAAGCCCGCCAAAAAGUACAAAAAGCGUCCCUCGAGAAGCCGCAGUCAAGCCAAUUCCUGUCCGGCUACCAGAACUCGGAGCAAGGCCGCACCAAAGAAACCUUCGGCUUCCUCUCCAGCACCUACUGAAGCGUCGUCCGUCCAUCCCGAUGGAGAAACCCCCCAAAUGGACAAUGACGACGAUGAUGAUCAGGAUGGCGAAGCGGACUAUUCUCCCAACGAGUCUCCCCGAGCGACCAGUGCCGAGUCGGAGGGGACUUUCGAUACACCAGGACGUCGUUGGUCGAAGCAGGACGCCAGAGAGGCACUGCGUGCCACGAAGUCUAGCCCAGUGAGCCGUGCGCAAGCCCGGUCUGCUCCAAUGACAGAUGCCAACAGCCUCACCCCCAAGCCCUUGAGAAGGUCCCUUUUUCAGAAUUCCCAGAAUGAUGGGCCUCUGAAGGAGCUUGAUUCUUCUAUGGUAAACAGCUGCUCCCCACGUCGCAGCCCUCGCAUUGCCUCCACAAAGGAAGACAAGCCGGGUCAGCAGAAGGAGAACCUUGCACCCACCCUGGGCGAUGACCUCGAUGCUCUAUUCGAAAGUCCAUCCAUUGGAUUUGAUUCAACAAGCCCUACUCCCCGUCGACGUAACCCGCGCAUCAACGCGAUUGAUAAGCGUCUGUCUUUCCCCGCGAACUCUCCAAACCCCACCAAACGGAAGGAUCUAGGCUUGGUUAUGACUCCAGCUCGACUGUCCGCAGAGCGCCUACAGCGUAUCCAAUCAAUUCACGGAAGUCCCCAGUCAUCACCACGGAAGUCCCCGGCCAAGCAACAGUCUUUGGCGCCACAGCCUACCUCUGACAAUCUUCCGGAGACCUUCGAGUCCCUUGAUGGCAUGAUGCUCGACAUCUUUGAUGAUGCCGACAAGGCCGAAGCUUUCUUCGAAAUGGAGAACGCCAAGUUCACUGGUGAGAACUGGGCGGAAUGGCUUCCAGCAGACUAUGUUUCCCCUGCUGAAUCUUGCGAAACUCCUGCCAACGAGCUGCUGAACGCUCUCUUCUCAGACAAUCCCAAUGAGAAAGAGAACUUCAACCCCGAUCUCCUCCCCUUUAACUUUAACGAUGUUGGCAUUCCCGACUCCGGCUUCUUCAGCUCGGAUGCUCUCGCCACCGAUGCACCCAAGAUCCAGCCCGCUGGUGAAGAACCCGAAGGCCAUUAG